GUUCCGGGUCCGUCGGUGAUGAAAUAACUAAUGAGAAAUUGGAUUUGCAAAGAUUUGCUUCUUAUUUGUGCAAACAUAGCAACUAAAGUUGAUCAUAUGAGCGUCGCCAUGGUGUCAAAGUAAGCUGGAGAGGCUUGCUUGCUUGCUAGCUAACUAGUCUCGACAAGUUUGAUACGGAUCAAGUCUUUGUUGGUUUAUACGAAAUGUGUUUGCUGCUCGGUGCAACCGGUGUUGGAAAAACUCUUCUCAUGAAACGUUUACAGAAGCUCAGUGUGAGAGAUGUCACAAUUGAUUUAGGGGAACCCCCUGUUACUCUACCUACGGUGGGCACCAACCUGACAGACCUGACUCUGAAGAGGAAGAGGGUGACUGUGAGAGAGCUGGGAGGCUGUAUGAGUCCUAUCUGGCCCAGUUACUAUACAGACUGCUCCUCUGUCAUCUUCAUGGUGGACUCUGCUAACACCACCCAGAUCUCGUCGUCCUGUAUCCAGCUCCUGUCUGUCCUCUCUGCUGAACCUCUCCACACAGCCUCUGUCCUGGUUAUCUUCAACAAGAGGGACCUCCCUUGUACCAUGAGUCUCGUAGAGAUGAUGUCACUGUUCAGGAUGGAUGACAUCAUCGCCUCUGCCACCCAGCCAAUCACGACCCUGGAACUGAGCGCUCGUUCCGGCCAGGGACUCCAGGAGGUGUUGGGCUGGCUGGACUCCACCCUAACUGACUGACAGAGUGUUGUCAUAGAAGCAUCUUCCUUCCAGGAAGCAGUUCCUCAUUGCUGGUGCUUUCAAGACAACUGGGAACUCUGGAAAAAUACGAGGUCAAAUCAUGACGUCAGUGAUUUUCAGGUCAGAAAGUCGGUGCUGUAGGAGGCCCGAGUUCCCGAGUUGGAACUUCAAGUUGGAUGACCGUUAAAAAAAUAACAGUUAUCUUGAACGCACUGAAGUCCGAGAUUUCUGAGUUCCCAGUUGCUUUGAACACACUGAAGUCAGAGAUUUCUGAGUUCCCAGUUGCUUUGAACACACUGAAGUCAGAGAUUUCUGAGUUCCCAGUUGCUUUGAACGCACUGAAAUCCGAGAUUUCUGAGUUCCCAGUUGAUUUGAACGCAGCAUAAGUGACAUCAUUGUCACGGAACUUGGAAUGAUGUCACCGCCAACUGGAAAGUGAGGGUGUGCUGUAUCUCACGCCGUCACACAUGAAUCCUGUUGGCAAGAAGAUGUCCUCAUCCUCAUGAUCUCAGCACACCAAGAAUGAUGCUGUCAUUCACAUGGCAUCACGUCUUAUUGAGGAGGCCUGAUAUGAAAUACUGUAGAAAUACAGUAACUGUCAUACAGGUGUUUGACCUCCGGGGGGCAGACAGACAUUGUGUAGAAAAGUCGACUCUUUGAAGAAUGUGCUUCUCUAAGCAUUCAAUAUGUAGAAACAGCCCAUUAUAAAGUGUUUGGUAUUACAAUCUAGCUAGGCAUAUAUUAUAUAUAUAUAUAUAUUACACACAGUCAUGUAUUAACAGAUGUAAAAAGGUUGAAUGGUAUCAAAAGCAACAGAUCAAGAAAUAUACUAUUGAUCAACAUGAUCAUGAAAUAAAAGCUGUAAAAUAUGAA